CUUAUGCUCCCAUAAAAAAGUUUUCUCACGUUAAGGACUUUUAGAUUAAUAUUAUUUAACAUUUACAUUUCUCCAUGAGCAAGAUGAUAUGUAAGAUUUCUAAAUUUCCGACUUUUGGUGGCAGUCUGAAAUAGUAUGUAUAAAGAUUUGUAUAUCAUCUUAACAAUUUUUAAUAAACUAUCUUAAUUUGAACAACAUAGUUCAAUAAUGUUGCAAUUACAUUACUGAAUUUAAAAUUUCAAACCUUAAUAUGGCAUGACCAAAUCAAUUCAACUCGUCAUUAAAUUCUGUACACUUUUUGUUAAAAAUAUCAUACUAAGUGAUUUAUUAAAUUUAUUCUAACGUUGGUCAGAUGCUGAGGUAUGAAAAAAUUGACUUAGAAACUUUUAUUUAUAACAAAUUUUACUACGCGUCGCCAAUUCGCUGAUGAUGAAAUUAAAAAAAGCACACUAAUUGCGAUAAAAAUCAAAUGCCAAAAGUUUUUAUAUGUUUUUGCAGUCGCAAAUUCGCCUUAAGUCGGUACAUUUCUUGAUUCAAAAGUAUUUCUAUUUGCUAAAUGCUCAGAUAAUUAAUUUUAAUACUUGGUACUAGAAUACAAGCAUCGGAGUAAAAAGUUAAAACGGUUAACCAUUUUUAGUGAAUUCAAAUAGACGAUCAACUUUAAUUUGGGAUAGUGAUUUUUGAGUUUUGAAAUGGUUAAUAUUGAAUAUUCUAAGCAAAGUUUGAGGCAAAGUGUCACACGGCGAUAAGUGCGGUUUGCUAACUCAUGGCUUGCAACCAAGAAAGAAGAAAAUCCAUUGUGAAACAGGUCAGAAGAAAAGUUUGAUUAUGAGUCGUCGUUAAAAAAAGGAGGUACCAUUCAAAACAAUAUUCAGACACAAAAUUUCGCAAUUAAACAUACACAAAACGAAAGAGAAUUAUAUCUUAAUCGCCUAAAAAUUUUAUGUUUUGAUAAACCAACCAAAUAUGAUUUUCCUGUGGAAGAAAAUAAAAUGGGAGAGAUUUUCAAACCAGACAUUCAGAUAACAGUCAGCAAAGAUUCCUCAAAGCAAUUAAAUACUGGAACUAUUCUUAACCCUGUUAUGAAAUUCCCUUUAAAAGAACCUUUAAUUACGAACAAACUUUCCGAACAAAGAGUUAAUAUAUUGCAAAGAUUUGGGAUCUUGACCUCUUACAUGGGACCGCUCCCACCAAAACUUGCAGGCAAUCGAUAUUCUGAUCACAUAAACAACAUGGAACACUUUCCCAUAACUAAAGUGAUCAAUGUUCAAAAAUCAAAAGAGAAAGGCAGCGACGAACUUUUUUUACACAAAAAAACAGAUUUAGCUACAAGUGCAUGCACAAUUGCUCUGAGAAUCAGCGAUGCUUCAUUUCCAAGAGUGAUUCAAUCUGGAAAUUUUGUUGAUGAAAAUUAUUAUGGGGAAAUAUUGUUAGAAACAAAUAAUGAAACAAAAACGAGGCUGCGAAAUAAUGUAUGCACAAAAUAUCAACAAAAGGAACCAACAUAUCGUUAUAUACAUUCUAUCAGUGACGGUGUAUUGGCAACAGAAGCGGCUAAAAAUAUCUCUUACUUGAGGCGGCCAAAAAAUGGCGACGAACCGUCGCAUAUCUUCAUAAAAACAAUUAAAUAUUCAAGAUCACCACUGCGAAUACAGUGCUUUGGCAAGAAUACGAAUAAUUUAAAGAAACGUCAACGACAUGUAUGUAAACGAGGGAAAAGAGCUAGUAGAAGAAUGAAAAUGAUAAAAAUGCCACAUCCACGGAGGGUCUCACAAAGUAGAGCACGAAAAAUUGAGAAAAUAGAUGAUUUCGUAUUUAAUACUGAAAGAAUUAGAUUUAAUAAACUCUCUGAUAUUCAUCAUAAAGGCCAGCAAGAGCCAUGGUCAACGCAUUUCGUUCACUCAGAAGUGUGCGACUCGUCGCUGCAGGAGGAUCUUAUUGUAGAUGGCCAAUUUUUUUGCGUGCCGUGUCAAACGCGUAUUCGGGUACAAUCUCUUCUUUAUUUAAUUGAAAAUUUGCCAAUUGCAAAUCUAGCAACUUCCACACCCGUAUCUAGCAACUACCGGCUAACCUUAUUAGAGUAUUCGGUGCCCACGAGCAAAACAAUUUUUAUUCUAACGAAAAACAACGAGUAUGAACGUUCGGUAGAUAAAUAUUUUUUUCUAACUAUAAACAGUGACGUCAGGACCGUUCUCUCCAUAAAAGAUGAAGAGGAAAAGGCUUCAACUAAGCUGCAACGAUUAUUGAAAACAAAUGUUUUUAAUGGAAACUUUGCUGUUGCAAUGCCACAAACAAAAAUUGAAGAAAAAGAAGAGAAUAAUAUUAGCGUGACUUCAUUUAAAUCAGAUGAGAAUUCAAAUCUAUGUUUCGACGAGCGAUUCCUCAAUGAAGUGAAAUUCGAAAUGAAUGAUACCAAUAUUGUGCCAAAUACUAUGACGCAAUCAUUGAAUGAAAGAAUUCAAUUUAUAAGUUCGUCAAAAGAAGCGGACGUAGCAGGUGGCAGCGGUAUUCUGUGUGCGGCAGCCGAUAUUUCGAAGUUGGCAAAUUUUGGUAAAAGGCGACGAGAACUUGUUACGUUACCCGUCUCUUGUUGCAAAGUCUCCAAUGAUGUGAACAAUUCUGUGUUGCCUACUCGCACGUUACUUCGGCGCCAGAGAAGUUUGAAGUUACAGAAUACGACAGAUAAGCAGGAGGACCCUAUAGAGAGACUCAAUCGACUACGUGCACGGAUAUCGGGUGCUUUAAGCGAAGUGAAGGGUGUGCUAAAGCACUACAGCAUAGAAGAGGGCAUAGAAAAUGCACAAAUUUCAACAGACUCUUUUCCAAACAUAAAUCUGACUAAUGAUUCGACAGCAAGAAUUGAACCAAACCAAAUUACAUCGUCAUUGGAAACUAUAAGAGAUGAAGGUCCAGUAAGUUUUCGAUUCGUUAGAAAAGUGCGUCGUCAAAGUGUUUUUAGUGAAGGCGACGUUGGAGAAAAGAAAGAGGCAGAAGAUGGAAAGGAUAAAAAUGAAGGAGAAACCAGGAGUUGUGUACCUUCACGAGAUGCUUCAAUGGAGAAAAAUUAUACAGACCAAGUUCCUUUAAUUCAACCAGAUUAUAAUCCUAAAAAUUGUAAUCAAUUAAAUGAAAAUAUCUAUUCCGGCUUUGAAAAUCAACUUUUAAAAAUAGGAAACCAAGCUACGCAAAUAACUGAUCGGCAAAAUGAGUUAAACAAUGGGGUAGAGAAGAAAGAAACAGAAUUAGGAGAGAGUACAAAUGGUGGAGAAAGAAAUAGUUGUGUACCUUUUCAAAAAGAUUCAAAAAAAGAAAAUUGUAUGCAGAAAGUUUCUUUAAUCCAUGCCGAUUAUAAAAUUAAAAAUUGUGAUCAAUUAAAAGAAGAUAUUUGUUUCGACUUUGAAUGCCAAUCUUCACAAACAGGAUAUGACGCGCCACAAGUAACUGAUCUUCGAGAAAAUCUAAAUCUUCAUUCUACGGAUGUGAAGCUUGCCCAUUUAGCGACGUUAAAAGAGGAAGCCACACCCGAUGGAACUCACGAAGUAAAUAACAUAAUAAGAUGUGAUACUAACGAUUUCCAUUUAUCGGCAAAAGAAAUUACAAGCAAGAAAAAAUUUAAUACAAAAUCGAUACGUGCCACUCGUCGUGCAUCAAUUGCCGUAGUUGAAGGCUCACAAAUUGACCCAGUGAUAAACACAGUCAUUCCUCUUGCAAUAAAAAUACAACGGCGACCUUCAGAUUCCGAAACGAUAAUCAAAAAAAAGGUAAAAGCUUCGGAAGCAGCCAACAAUUCAUCGACGAAAAAAAUCGUGAAAGUGAAACGAAUGCCCGUGAAAAAUAAGCUAGAUGUAUUAACAAAAAAAUUAACGGCCUCAAAUUCAGAAAAUAACCAAUGUAUUAUCAGCGCCAAGGGAAGUACAUCAAAUAACACAAUAUCUCAAGCGAAAACAACGAAAGAAUUAAGCGGAAUAGCAUUGCCAAAAACCUCAGAUAUAUUGUCAUCACAAUUAACGAUCGCAAUCGAAGUCAAUGAUGCACCACUAAGCAGUGCCCAAGAGCCAGGGGACAUAAAAAGCGAGGUUACGCAGCUGCUAUCUAUAGCAACAAAUAAUUCGCGGUCAUCUACUGAAAUUGUUGAUGCGAAUAGUGUAGUGGUGGCGGUGUUGGCAAGUCCGUUGCAGGCAGGCAAGGCGAGCAGUCGUACAAACAACUCAGAAAAUCAACCAACAAACCUUUUCGUAGACAACGGAAAAAUUGUGGAGGAACAAAACUUAUCCCACAGUAAAGAAAUAAUAGAAAUAAAGUCAACGAAAUCUACUGAUCCUCAGCGAGAUCUCAGCAUUAAGCACAAUUUUGAAGGAGUAGAGAACUCACAGCUGUUAGAAUGCAUAGUUAACGAUACGACUCAAUUAGAAGCAGAAUCUAUAAAUACAGACUUAGUUUCCACUGACCUUAAAGGUUUUGAACAACAAAGAGCGUUAAAAGCUAAACAACAUUACUUACCUCAAUUAAUAGACGAAAAACAAAUAGAUGAAAAAAUGCCAGAACUGCAGGUAUCUCCCACACCUGUGAAGCCGGUGCAAGCAUUUGCAGAAAACAGUGCUGAUAAGAUAAGUAUUUCAAAAAAGAAAACGGUAGUCAGAAGAAUUGCACGAAAGGUAUCAGUAGACAAAUCCUUAGAAAAAACUAAAGCAGAAGAGAGUCAAUUGGAAGAAACUGCAGUAGGUAAAGAAAACAAAGAAAACGAAAGGCUAAUAAUUGAAGACAAACAAACAGGUGUUGUUGUAAAUAAGGCGUCCCAAAACUCAACUUUUUGCAAUGAAGUUUCAACAGAAAAAGAGAGCUCUCCCGGAGCUUCCGCUAUAGCGCCUCCACUCGAAAAGCCUCGAAAAGUUAAAAAGAAAGUAAUUAUAAAACGACAGCAUCGGAAACUCUCGGUGGGCGAAAAUUCAUUCUUUAAAGAAGCUGAAGUUGUACAAGGUGCUACUGAGACUCUUGAAAAAGCUAUAGCCUAUGUUACAGAUGACGAAGAAGAUAACAAAGCACAGAUUGCUGAAGUGUGCCACCCAAUAAAGUCUUGCAUGAAAUCUAGGGAAUUUCAAGUGGGGGAUUGGGUCAUGUAUGGUGAACGAUUUCGGAAAACUCAAAUACGUUGGAAAAAAGGUCAAAUUUCUGAACGCAUUACGAGCAUUUCAUACAAAAUAAAAAUAGAUGACAAAGAAGUUUCCGCACAUAUCAGUUACAUUAAAAAAUACACGGGUCGAAAAGUUAAUUUCGGAGGUAAAGAAUAUCUAGAAAUCGACUAUGAACAACUUGCAGAAGAGGAGCGCCAGGCUCGUUCAUACAGCAUAUGGAAUAUGGUUUAAAAACUAAAAAUCUAGUCAAAUACUAAGUAUAUUUUACUCCAGUUUAUCGUCUUAUUUCAUUUGUAAAUAUAAAUUAGAAACAAAUCUUGUAUAUAAUGUUUCAGGAGAAGCAAUGCGGUUGUUGCAUUAGACUUGUACAAAACGUAUUGUAAAUAUUGUUGAUUUUUAUCUCGCAUAGAUAUUAUAUAAUAAUAUAUUGGCUUUUUCAUUAGACAUCCUGUUUAUAUUUGUAAAUAAUUCAUGAAAAUGCUAGUAAACUUUGAGAAGUUCUGUAGCAUAUACUUACGAGUACAUAUGUGUGUAUGCGUAUAUGCUUUGUACAUAAAUGCAAAAUGUGAAAUAUAUUACUUUGUUAGGGAAAAACAAACGGAAUAUAUGUAUUAUGUAGACAAAAAUUGUAGUUAACAGAAGUAAGGAAAUGGGAAUUAUUUUAAAAAUUAUGGUAUGAAUUUAUAUAAAUUCAUAUGUGGAUGCAUAUGUAUGUAUGUAUUUCUACAAUAAAUUAAUGCGUUUGCAUACAUAA